AUGAGAUCAAGUCAAUUAACAGAAUUAAUUGAAUUGUAUCAAAAGAAUAAUGGUCAACUAGAACAAGACGAUUGCCACGGAUGGACGUUGGAACACAUUGCUAUCAAGCGUAUGCAUCCUUUAGGACAAAGGGAGUAUGAGUACUUUCACCACGGUGUUAGAAUCUACUAUCAAGGAGAGUUCUUUUCCAUUCUUCAUUUCUCUGGCUUGGCUGAAGAGGUAUCAUUAGAAAGUAAAAAAAGGGCCAAGAUCUUGUUUGUUGGUUCAAGUAAGCAGUUUUCAGAGCCAUCGCAUCCAAAUGAAAUCAUUGUCAUUGGAAAGAGAGUUUCAUCUGCUGAUAGUAUGAUGAGACUAAUUUCUACCUAUUCCAAACGUAAUGAUAUAGUUUACAAUUUGGUUCGAAGAAAUUGUGAACAUGUUUCCACAUAUAUUAUUGAUGGAAAGUGGGACAGUAAACAAACAGAUCUAUACAUUAUCAAAAUGAUUGAGAUUAUUGGUCACCGAGCAGAAGAAAACAAGGGAUGGAUACUGGGCAUGGUUGCAUUAGCUGGCGCUGCUUACUAUGCCUACCAGAAAUACAAUUCCAGCGGUGAAGAAGAAGAAAAGGAUAAAAAGAAAUCAGUAGUCAAGACUUGUUACCCAAUGUCUUGGCAACAGCAGAAUAUAUUUGGUAGAAAUAGAUAA